AUGCAGCACUAUGGAGUGAAUGGUUACUCCCUGCACGCCAUGAACUCGCUGAGUGCCAUGUACAACCUCCACCAGCAGGCAGCCCAGCAAGCCCAGCACGCCCCAGACUACCGGCCCUCUGUGCACGCCCUCACCCUGGCGGAGAGACUGGCCGGCUGUACAUUUCAAGACAUCAUUUUGGAGGCACGUUAUGGAUCCCAGCACCGCAAACAAAGGCGAAGUCGCACGGCCUUCACUGCCCAGCAAUUGGAGGCACUGGAGAAGACCUUCCAGAAGACUCACUAUCCAGACGUAGUGAUGAGAGAGCGGCUGGCUAUGUGCACAAAUCUACCUGAAGCCAGAGUCCAGGUUUGGUUCAAGAACCGGAGGGCCAAAUUCCGGAAGAAGCAGCGUAGCCUGCAGAAGGAGCAGCUGCAGAAGCAGAAGGACUGUGAAGGGAGCCACAAUGAGGGGAAGACGGAGCCACCCGUGCUGGAGACCCAGGCCACAACGCCAGACACUGAGAAGACCCAGAGCCUCCCAAGCGAGGUAAGCACGGACCUCAAUCUCACCCUGUCGGAGCAGUCGGCCAGCGAGUCAGCACCCGAGGACCAGAUCGACAGAGAGGAGGAGUUUAAGAGCACUUUGGAUGAGGCUAAAGUGGACAAGAGCCCUGGUGUGGACGGCAAGGCUUUGAACUGCAAGAGAGCAAGCCCAAAAGCAGAGUCUCCCAUCAGCGCGACUGUGACGCCUUCAUCCAGCAGUGGCCUGGCUCAGACUCACUCCUACUCCUCCUCACCCCUGAGCCUCUUCCGCCUGCAGGAGCAAUUCCGCCAGCACAUGGCAGCCACCAACAACUUGGUCCACUACUCCUCCUUCGAAAUGGGGACACCGUCCGCCAUGCCCUACUUGGGCAUGAACGUCAACAUGGCUCCUCUGAGCUCCCUGCACUGUCAGUCGUACUACCAGUCACUCUCCCAUGCUCAGCAGGUCUGGUCCUCACCCAUCCUGCAGGCCUCCAGCUCCCUCCCAAGCCUGAACAGUAAAACAACGAGUAUUGAGAACCUACGGCUCCGGGCAAAGCAGCACGCGGCGUCCCUUGGGCUCGACACCCUCCCCAACUGA